UAGGAAACAGUCAUGAUUCAUCGCCUUUGAGCAAAGACGCGAAUUCGUCUGUUAAUUCCCUUGUCACAGUAGAUAAGAUAUCGAAUAAACCAAUAAAGGAAGAAAUCAAGCAAAAUAUAGAAAAUAAAGUUGGGAAAGAAGAAACCCAUACAAAAAUUUCGAGCUGGGAAGGGAUAGGUCCAAAAAUUUCCCGUGUGAUGUUUUAUCUAACAAUAAUGCUAAUAUUAGUCACUCCCAUUAAUGGUUCGAAAAAUCUUAUUCCAAUAUCACGUCAACCAAUUAUUUGUCAAACCCAGCUCCAUGGGGUAAUUUGGUCAUUGCCUUCACCUACUGGCUGCCCAGAUACUAAGAUAGAUUACUCGAAAACCCCCGAAGCAGAAUCGCUAACUGUAUAUAAACCGAACCCAUAUGAACAUGAAAUCUCGUCAUGGGCCUGCCGCAAAGUAAAUAAAUGUGUUAAGAAAUCCACCUCACUUUCCGGGGUACCAAUUACUGAACAAAUAGAACCGGAACAUUUAGAAAUAAAUUUACAUGAAUGCAAUCAAAUGAUAAAUCACAAGAAAUGCAAAAAUCAAUUUAUCUCCAAGGACCUGGCUUUUAGGCUCAUUUAA